GGACGCCCUCGUAGCAAAUGUCAGUUCGAAGUCUUUGGACUUCGCAACAUAACUUAACCUAAAGUGCCUUCUUCUUCUUCUGCCUAAAGUAUAAACAUAAACAGUAAAUAAAAGUAUUAAUAUAUUUAACGAAAAUGUAGGACAUUCUUUGUAUGUCACAGUUCGCGAUGGUUAGCAUAAACAGGUCGUUUCUAUUCGGAAUCGGUUUUGCCUCGCUAACUUGGGUAAUCUCUCUAUAUUUGUACCUGCAGCUCACUAAAAGUGCUGAAAAUGUCCCCCAAAAAGCAAUAUCAAGUGACUUAACGAAUCUCAAAAAUGGAACUUCCAACUUCAAGAAACCUUACACAAGAAGCCAAUUUAAUUCCAAUGACCUGCUGGAGAAACUCAUGCCAGUUGACCGAAGUGAUCGCAAUUCCAGCAGUGCAUUGGAGCAAGAGCUGUUUGAUUUGGGAUUAGUCAGGAACAGCCAGGAGCAAGAAUGGCGAGAUGAAGGCUUCAAGAAUCACGCCUUUAAUGUGCUUAUAAGCAAGAAACUUAGCUAUUUCCGGGAUAUUCCUGACACCAGAAACGCUCUAUGCAAGAACUUGACUUAUCCAACGGAUCUUCCUAAAGCCAGCAUCAUCAUUUGCUUCUACAACGAAGAAAAGCACACUCUUCUCAGAUCGAUUGCCUCAAUUUCAAGUAGAACGCCUGAGAAUCUCCUAUAUGAAAUUGUGCUGGUAGAUGAUUACAGUGAUAAUGAAGAUCUGCAGGGUCUUCAGCAAUACCUAAAAAGCAGCAGUUUUAUCACGGUUAAGCUUUUUAGAACUGAGAAAAGAGAAGGCCUCAUUCGAGCUAGAAUUUUUGGAGCCAGGCAAGCAAAAGGAGAGGUUUUGAUAUACCUGGAUAGCCAUAUAGAGGUAAACCAAGGCUGGAUUCAACCGCUUCUAGCGGCUAUAAAAAAGGAUAAGACAAACGUAGUGAUGCCCAUCAUUGAUAUAAUCAAUCCGGAUACUUUUGUGUACAGUUCCAGCCCUCUGGUUAGGGGUGGGUUCAACUGGGGGCUGCAUUUUAAAUGGGAUAAUUUACCUAAAGGCACUUUGGACAAACCCGAGGACUUUGUCAAGCCUAUCAAAUCCCCAACAAUGGCAGGCGGUUUGUUCGCAAUUGAUCGCCAAUAUUUCAUUGAUCUGGGCGAGUAUGACUCUGGAAUGAAUAUAUGGGGUGGCGAGAAUCUGGAAAUCUCAUUUAGAAUCUGGAUGUGCGGCGGCUCGUUGCACUUGAUUCCUUGCAGCAGAGUAGGGCACAUUUUUAGGCACAGGCGUCCGUAUGCAGCUCCUGAUGGGCAGGAUACUAUGCUAUAUAAUUCCCUCAGGGUGGCUAACGUGUGGAUGGACGAAUAUAAGCAAUACUUCCUAAGUCAAAACAAGCAAGCGGCGGGUAUAGACUUCGGAAAUGUUUCCUCCAGAAUCCAGUUGCGCAAGGAGUUAAAAUGCCACGAUUUCGACUGGUACAUAAAAAACGUCUACCCAGAGCUAUCGUUGCCAUCCGAUGAUCAGGAGCGGCUCAGACGAAAAUGGUCGGCUUUGGAGCACGAUAAGUUCCAGCCCUGGCAUUCAAGGAAGCGCAACUAUAUUGCGGAAUUCCAAAUCAAGCUCUCUAACACCUCUCUAUGCAUUCAAACGCCCAAAGACAUCAAGACGAAAGGCAGCGUUCUAGUCUUACGGCCUUGUGCCAGGAACAAAAAGCAGUUGUGGUACCAGACGGAUAAGAACGAGCUGGUUUUAGCUCAGCUUUUGUGCUUGCAGGCUUCCAAGCCCCAUCCAAUUCUCUACAAGUGCCAUGAAUUGGGCGCUGAUCAAGAGUGGAAGCACAAAGGAGGGAACAAUUCCCCGAUCUAUAACUUGGGGGCUGGAACGUGUCUUGGCGUGGACAAAGCUAAAGUCGACGCCACCGUGCAAAUGAAACUGUGCGUUGGUUUGGAGUUGAAUACUUGGGACUUGGUAUAUCGGUAGUUUUCUACGAUCUGAUUAACUAAUGUGAUAAGACUGCGGAUUUAGACAAAAGUAAGUUCAAAGUUGAAAAUACUCUAGCACUUUUUGCUACACGUUUUUUAUUUUACAUAUGAUUUUAUUUUGUUACAUUUACUCGGUUUUUGUUUAAAUAUCACGUCACACCAGCGAAGCUAUUGGCAGUUUUUCACCAGUUCUUCCAAUAAACUCUCAUACUCUU